CAAACGUCUAAAUGCCAAAUGCAAUAAUAAAAUUUUUGUAAAAGGAAAAUUAUUUGAUUAAUGUGUAAAAACUAUGUAGAUAAAUAGUCCUAUGAAAUUUGACCAAAAACGAACCCAUAAUUUACACCAGUCCCUACAAAAAAAAGGCAAAAAUGGAGAACAUGGCAAGGUUAGCAGAUUUGGAAAGUAAACUAGCGAAAAGUAAUACUUUUAAUGAAUUAGUAAUAGAGCUUCAUAGAAUAUUAGAUUCUAUAUUAAAUAAUCCGAGUGGUGAAGAAGCAAGAACAGUUCCAAAUGGUGUUUUCGCAAAGGUACUAGACUGCAAAGCUUUCAGUGAUUACAUGGAGUACAUUGGAUUUGAAAAGGUUUCAGAUCAAUUUGUAUUUCCAAAAGAAAAAUGCAUAAGUAAGUUAAAAAUAGCGCAUGAAGCAUUAGACAAAAAAAUAAAUUAUAUUAAAGCAUGUAACACUGAUAAGCCAGUUCCAACCAUACAGCAUAGUAAACGAGAACCAUUACAAUCAUUCAAAGCGCUAAACUCAGGAAACCCAUUUUUGGAGCAAAUAGAACAAUUAUUUUAUGGAAUGCAGAAGUAUGAGGAUGAGACAUUACAAGAGGAGGUGAGAAAAUACAUUCCAUUAGAGAAGUUAAAAGCAGAAGCUGUAGAAAGUAUAAGAGAGCAUGAGGAAAGACAGAAGGAAAAGAAAUCAGGAGACUCUCAAACCCCACCUCUGUCCCUGGACAUGGCGUUGCUGGGGCAGCUGGUGGGCUGGUUCAAGCACGAGUUCUUCAAUUGGGUGGACCAGCCGGACUGCGAGAGCUGCUGUAGUCCUACCAAGCUGGUGCGGACUGACAUGCAGUUUGUGGAGACUGAGACAUGCAGAGUUGAGAUAUACCGCUGCCCGCAAUGCAGUGGCGUAGUUACGUUCCCGCGGCGCAACGACCCCCGCGCCCUUCUCAAGACGCGCAGAGGGCGCUGCGGCGAGUGGGCUAACUGUUUCACGCUGGUGUGUCGCGCCGCCGGAUUUGAUACACGAUACGUGUAUGACGUCACUGACCAUGUGUGGUGCGAGGUGUACGACGAGUCAUCACAACGUUGGGUGCACGUGGACCCUUGCGAGGGGCGCGUAGAUACGCCUCUGAUGUACAGCGUGGGCUGGGGCAAGCGGCUGUCGUACGUGCUGGCGUACUCGCGCGACGACCUGCAGGACGUCACCUGGAGAUACACCACACACCACAAGGAGGUCCUCUCCCGUCGUACCUCAACCACGGAGCAGCAGCUUCUGCACACGAUACUGUAUCUACGUGGGGCGAGCUAUAGCCGCCUGCCGGUGUACAGACGAGAGGAGCUCGCACGCAGGAUAGUGGCUGAGUUGGCCGAUAUGAUGACUGAGAGAAAGCCGAGUGACUACGAGACUCAGGGGCGGAUAUCGGGGUCGGCGGCGUGGCGGCGGGCGAGGGGCGAGAUGGGCGCAGGGCACCAGUUCGUGUUUGAUGUCCCGAGCGACGCGCGCGUACAGUAUUGUGCUAGUACUGACGUGUAUACGCAUACAGCGGGGGCGGAGCUACGUGGGUGGGCAACCGGUGUUUGGGAGUGCAGGGGCGUAUUUAGAAAGGUUGAACAUGAUUGGAAACAAGUGUAUUUGGCUAGAAAUGAAGGCGAAGGUAUAGGUUCGAUAUCGUGGCGGCUUACAUCAGCGAGCGGUGUGAAGUUCAUGCGGUUGUCGGUGCGCGCCAACUUCGCGUUAUACGAGAACGGCGAAGUCACGUGGUCGCUGCAAUUCGAUGACGGAGUAGCGGAAAAGGUGGAGAUUAAAGAUACCCUACACAUCGAGCGUGAGUUUCACAGCGUGAUCAUCCGCGCAGAUCUCUCUGGCGGGCGCGGCGACGUCGCAUGGCAACAUGCUCAGCUGUUCCGGCAGUCCACUGACGACCGCUCGCCGACUUUCGAUAUACAGGCAACACUCGAAUAGUGUUGUCUCUUUCUAAUGCUUAAAAUAGAAAAAGAUGGAAAAUAUUUCGACGACCGCUGACGUCCGCUCUCCGAAUCUUGAACAAGCAAACAUCGAAUAGAGCUGUCUGUUUCUAAAACUCGGCGCGGAAGAGGAUGGAAGAUUUGGUGUUUGCGUGGCAACGGUCAAAUAGGGUGUCUCUUUCUCAAACUGAGCGGAGAAAAUGAUAGAAGAUGUGAUUUUAAAUGUGCAAACUGCGGUUGCGCGUGAAGAAAUCUAUCUCUUUCUAAAACUUACCGGGAAGUGAGAUGACUGUAAUAUGAAAAAUUAACAAGAAAUACCACUUAAAGUUAUUUUUCAUAGGACUUCUGAAGUCUACGUAAGUGAUCUUAAUAUCGAAGUCUAGGUACUCCCGGUAAAAUAGCCUUAUGAUAUAGAUAGUUUUCAUAUUAAAAAAUGGCGGAGGGGCGCUAGAAUUCAAUCAGCAUAUUUUAUCAUUCACUAUUCAUUCUCAUAAUUUAAAACAAUUUGCAAUAUUAAAUCUGGGGGCACGGGAGUGCCCCCGCCAAGAUGGGCUAAGCGAUUUAUUAUAACUGUUAAGUAUUAUUCUUUUUAUUCUGUGUCUGAAUUUUACACUAAUAACAUUCAUAUUUUUUAGUUUUAAAAUAAAUUAUU